UAUAUACUCUCUCUCACACAAGCUUCAAGUUCAAACUCUUAUCCCCUGUGGACAGACACUCAGCUCGGACAACGAUGUCUCUGUACGUAGGCUUCACUCUAUUCCAGUGAAUCGAAAACAAGAGGACUGAAAAAAAGAAGAGCCCCAAAAACUUACCUACUCGGAAAGAUUUAAAGCAUCUGCUUUUAGAGAGACAGAGAGAGAGGUAGAGUUGCGGUAGCAAUGGUGGCCGGGAAGGUGAGAGAGGCCAUGGGGCUGCAGAAGUCGCCAGCGCGUUCGAAGCAAGAAAUGCCUCCGAAACCGCCAUUGCCAUCACCGAGCUCGGGGAAGGUGCCUCAGAAGGCGUCAAUCUCGCGCACCUUUGGGGUGUACUUCCCACGCUCCUCGGCCCAGGUCCAGCCUCGACCACCUGACGUCACGGAGCUUCUUCGACUGGUUGAGGAACUCCGGGAGAGAGAGUCUCUGUUGAAGACUGAGCUCCUCGAGCACAAGCUUUUGAAGGAGUCCGUCGCCAUUGUUCCUGUCCUCGAGAACGAGAUCUCCGUCAAGGAUGCAGAGCUCUAUAGAGCUUCGAAGCGAGUCGAGUGCUUGGAGAUUGAGAACCAGACGUUGAGAAUGGAACUGGAGGGUCUGAAGACGAAGAUGGAUACUGAGAGAAAAGAAGGCGAGGAAAAAGUCAAGGCAAUGGAGGCCGAGAUUUCGGAACUGAAGAGAACAGCUUCGGAUCACUACAGAGCGGAGCUCAUCCUAGACAGUGACGAGCUUUCAUCUUCCCAAAGGUUUCAAGGCCUAAUGGAGGUCUCCAUUAAAUCAAAUCUCAUCAAGAACUUGAAGAAGGGGACAAAAUGUACGGAAAGCGGUUCGAUUUUUGAGAACCAGAAGCUUGAAGGACCGGGUUCGAAAAAAGAGGAUACGGAAAUUGAGAGACCGAGGCACUCGAGGUGCAACUCGGAGGACCUUACCGAGUCGUCCGAGCCCACCCUAUCCAACCUCCGAUCUCGGCCCCCUAGGGUUCCAAAACCACCUCCAAGACCAUCAUCCUCGACCUUAUCAGCUCCCACCUCAUCCAAUGGUCCCUGUACUUCCUCGGAGAGCAAAGCUCCAACAGAGCAAACGGUCCCUCCGCCGCCUCCCCCACCGAAAAAAAUGGCUCCUCCACCGCCUCCGCCUCCGCCAAAGGGGUUGAAGGGGUUGCCUGCGAAGGUGCGGAGAGUGCCAGAGGUGGUGGAGUUCUACCACUCCUUAAUGAGGAGGGACUCGAGGAAGGACUCAAGCGCAACCGCUACGGCCUCCGACGCGGCACCGGCCACGGCCAACGCCCGUGACAUGAUCGGCGAGAUCGAGAACCGGUCUACUCACCUAAUCGCGAUAAAAUCGGACGUAGAAACACAGGGAGACUUCAUAAGAUUUCUGAUAAAAGAAGUUGAGAAUGCAGCUUUCGCGGACAUUGAGGAUGUUGUGCCUUUUGUGAAAUGGCUGGACGACGAGCUCUCUUACUUGGUGGAUGAAAGAGCGGUGCUGAAGCACUUUAAUUGGCCAGAGCAGAAGGCGGAUGCACUGCGCGAGGCUGCAUUCGGGUAUGCCGAUCUCAAGAAGCUUGAAUCCGAGGCUUCCUCCUUUCGUGAUGAUGCUCGCCAGCCAAGCGGGCCUGCCCUCAAGAAAAUGCAGGCUUUGCUCGAAAAGUUAGAGCACGGUGUCUAUAAUGUCUCCCGAAUGCGAGAAUCUGCAACAAGGAGAUAUAAAGUUUUUAAUAUUCCAACGGAUUGGAUGCUGGAUUCUGGUUAUGUGAGUCAGAGCAAGCUGGCAUCUGUGAAACUGGCCAUGAAGUACAUGAAGAGAGUGUCUGCAGAGCUUGAAACAGUUGGCAGUGGUCCUGAAGAAGAAGAGCUGAUAGUUCAAUGUGUUAGAUUUGCAUUCCGAGUGCAUCAGUUUGCCGGCGGCUUUGAUGUGGAAACAAUGAGGGCAUUCCAAGAGCUGAGAGAUAAAGCCAAAUCAUGCCAUGUACAAUGCCAAAACCGGCAACAACAAAAGCUUGUAUGCAGAUCUACUACACCUUGCUAAUCUGUAGCAAACUCAGCUUCAGAAUUAUUGCUACCAGUUUUUUCUUGUAAACAUAGGCAUCUUGUUUGUGAAUACCAUAGCAUGGCACUGGCCAUCUUUGACAUAAGAUUUGUUAGUUAAUCUAUUAUUAUUAUUCAUAAUU